GCUGGACGGACUAGAAUAUCGAAUUUCUGCUAUCGCGUAUUUCGAAAUAUGCUUAGAAACGGUUCGAGCAUGUCGAGAAAGGUUGCAAAAUUGUCCGGUGCGGAGCGUGAAUCGUACGCUUCGAUUUCCAAGGCGUCGAACGGUUGGCUCCGUUCUUGGAACCGCUUCCUCUUACAAAGGGAGCGACCGGAAUGGAUUUUUACAAAGCCGAGCGUACCGAGCAACGUGAUCGACGCGACGCUCGUUCCGCGAGCCGCAACAAUGCGAUGGUGUCAAAGCCGCAAAUGCUCUCGAGCUCUCGAGACGGUUUACGACUUACGACGAUGGCCCGUCCUUCGAUGGCCGGUGAAAGUCCGCAAGAAUUCGCCCUCGAUCGUGCCGCGAACUUCACAUUGAUACGUUUCGUGUCGUGUCACGAAUCCGUUCGGGACCGGUAAUGAACGCCUCGCGGUAGCUUACGAGAAGAAAACUGUUCGUCUCGAAACUAUCGUUUCCAUCGUAAAGUUCUUUGUUCCGACAAGAAGGAAAGACCGACCGUUAUCGAAGAACAGCGUUCGGACCGAUGUCGAUGGUUAAAAGCGUCGUCAGACUCUUUAGAUAAGGUAUUACGUGGCCAUUGAAAAUAGAUGCAAUAUCGCGAUAGGUCCAAUCGAUCGGUAUUGUUUCACGCACGGAACUAAUCGAACGUUUGUACCCACGAUUAGCGAUGGUCAUUCGAUACUUACUCUCUGAUUUACCCGUUCAAUUUCCAACAAAAUAAAUACCUACUUUUUGCUACGUACGUAACAACAAAAUAACGUUAUCGUGAACAGUAUCCAACGACAAUAAUAAUUUCUUACUCGUCCGAGCAUCGACGUUUCAUUCCUGUGUAGUAUAGGAUGUUUCAAAACGAACGUAACAGGCUUUGCUAGAUUAUCAGGUAUAUCCCGUACAAGCAAGAAUCCUAUUAUCGAUAGAAAUAGUUACGUAAUAGUAAAAAAAAAACAUGCGGUUGACUCUAGAAGCAACCCCUAACUUCCAAGAAAAUACAAUUACAAGAGAUACGGAGAUAAGAAGAAUGUGGGAAGCGUGCAUCGAAGGAAACGCGAGUAAAAACCGAACGUGCAGAUAUCGAAGCUCGUCGAUCGCGUAUCGUAUUAUUUUCGUCGUGUACGUCUCGUUUAUUUCCUCUCGAGCACCCUGCUGGUGGCGCGCGUUAAAAAAAAUUAAUUGGAUAAGAUUCUCGAGGUGUGAUUCGCAUCCUACUCGUUUCAAGAGCCGCUCCCACGAAUCGAACCGAGCAUAGUCGACGACGGCGAGAGUCAUCGACGUCUCGAAGCACGUACGACUCGCCGUCGAUGUUUCCGCAUUCUGAGACCUUAUUUCUGAUUAUGGAAUAUUCACUGUCUAACCGGCAGACUCGAUAAAAAUGUCACGAUACUGUUCGUGAGCCGUUGCUGGAAAACGGGAAUCGUCGAGACGUCCGACGAUCGAGAAAACAUACGCGGAAGAAGGAUACGCGGUCUUUGCUGAUUCGUGUUCGUCGUCAGUCGUUGCUACGAACUAAAAUCGAUAUUUUACAUUAGCCCAGAAUGAUUUCGGUUCCGAUAGUUAUGCUACAUCAUCGUCGAAUCGAAGGUUAAACUAACCGAAAAUUGGUCGAAAUCGAACGGCGCGUCGAACGAAAGAGAUAAUGUGGGAAUCGCGCGAUCGCGAGUGAACUAGGCGUGCAAAAGCGAAGUAACGGUGGCCACGAUCACUGCCACGAAAUCAACCUUUCUAAUUCAUCGCCGAAUCGGUAAAUUCGAUUGCGCCACAUAGCCUAGUAAGCGACUAAUUAACUAUCGGAUCAACGUAUUUAUCUUUUUCGGAAAGAAGCUCGUUUCAGCAUUGGCAUAUCAAAAGGUUAAUUCUCCAAGACGCACGGAUACUCGGUUCUCUCGCGAAUCGGAGGCUUCGAAGGAUGUUCAAUAAUUAUCGUACGCGUAAACGGACGUUUUAGCCGAGCAACGAGCGUAAACGUGCCUACAGACGUAUCCGAGGUCAUUCGCAGAUCUGCAACGUGAUAUUAACCCUUCAACGCGGUUCGACGUAUUAAGUUGCGUCCUACUUUUCUAGGCCUAAGUAUCCUGGAGAAGACAAUCGACUUUUUCGAUGUACAAAUCAACGGACGGAGGCUGGGAUAAUGGAUCGAAAUCGUUGUGCAAUUAAGGACACGAAACCUUGUUUCUUCCACGGCUACUGGCCCCGCGGUCCGUGUUUAGUCGCACGAACGUCUCUUCGGAGUGUUUGACCGUGUCCGAUACGGGCAACGCAUCGUACGCGUCCCAUAACGCGUUAACGUAACGAUCGUCACCAUUUUUUACGCGAUAGCCGCUCUCGAACGCGUCGAAUAACGAAAUUAUCUUUGACACGCGUUCCUACCGUAUGUUUUCGGCGGGCAGAUUAAUAGAUCGCGAAAGUGCUGAGCAAACCGUCGAUGUACAUUAUAAAACCCUGAUUGCUUAUCGCCGUCGUAUACGUGUCCUACCUCGGUGAUUCAUUUCUUGUCGAAAAUAAAAGCUUGGCCGUGUAUCGCGUAAAUCUAAUGGUCGAUGAACCGAUUUGAGGGUCCAUGGCCGUUCGAAAUUCGACUCGAUCACUUCAGCGCGAUGACGCGAAUUCGCGCAACAAAAAGACGUAAUGGCAAAAGAUUAAAAUAACAAUUAUUUAGCUGCAAGGUUCCGACACACGUUCACGCGAUUUCGAUCUUUGUCCGCCAAGGACAAGAGCGUCUUUCGGUCUCCUCCUCUUCUUUUCUAUCCUUUCUUACCGAUUCUUUUUUUUCUGGAGAACGACAGCGUGCUCGUAUUUGAUUUAACAACCAUGAACAGCGGGAAAUUGAUACGUCGUAAGUGCUAUUUCGCGGUACUUUUAUGUCACCGAAUCGUACCAGACUUUCUACGUUUCGAAAUCGGCUACUCGAUACUAUACGACCCAAUAUUUCACGGAUGUAUGCAUUUUAAAGAAAAAAAGUCAUAAAAAUUUAGGUUUCGUUUAUUUUUAUAUCGCGUCGAAAAUGAUCCGGUGAUUGAAACGGUACGCAAAAUGACGUAAUUUACAGUUGCAAUUGGGUUAACCGGCUAGACGAACCAGAAAAGGUUCUCUCGUCGAGAACGAAGGAACGUUCGAUCCUUGAACUCGCGAUAUUCGUGUCUUUCUCGAGUCUCCGGAUACUUUCUCCUGUACUUAAAUCGCGGCAAAAAUGAAACGCCGCGAAUAUUUUCGUUACGGAUAAACUCUGUUCGCUGCAGGAUAACGAAAAGAAAAAACAUGAAUUUUUAGCGGUGCAAAGUUUUCGUAAGAAUCGGUAAUAUCCAGUGACGAGAUUCGAUAAUCGCUUGAAAUCGUUUCGAGAUAGAUGCUAAAUUAAAGUAGAGGGGAAAUUUUCCGAGAGACGUAUGGCAGAAAAGAUAGCGCUCGACGCGGUAUACGACUCGUGCUCGGUUGUAAACGGGGGAGUGUAUCGAAGGGGAAAGCAGUUAAAAUGUAGGUUUCUUCGUUAAAAUUAAGUUACAGUAUCGGUUGUCGUAAUGUUUACUAACCACACCUCGUACCACCCCACUUUUUCGCGCGAACGCAUAACGCUUGAUCUGGCUGCUAACCACGGAAGCUGGCCUCGAACGAGCAAUGUCGUCCAGUCUUACGAGAGCCUUCUUACCGGCAAGAACGAGUCCUCGUUCUCUCUUUCUCUCUCUGCUCUGCUGUUUUACUCGUUGCCGCGCGAGUAGUGCCGCUUUUUCUUCGAAUCGUGGUCCUUCAGGGUCGUGGUUCGUUCGCGUGGCCGCUGCUUUUCGACCCGACCGCUUCCAGUUGCUUAUUCGAGGAAACCUCCGAUCUUGGACGCCCGUCCGAACCUUACACGGUAUCGAAUGAUCGUCGACGAACUUAUAAAUCGGUGCGAAAGAAUAUUAUGUCAGCCGCGGAGAAACCUGACGCUGGAAGCUUCCUACAGGAAGCCUUUUUCUUCGACGAAGUCGAGACACGGUAAAUGGUAGAAUGGACAACUGUGGAGGCGGUCAACGCCUGCCCCCGGACGGGGACGAGUUUCCAGCAGCCUAUCAGGAGUUUGGCGGCAGUAACCAGCAGUACCGAUUCGUGACGGCGACGGCUACUGCCCCGAGGACGUCGGUGAUGACGACGAACGGCAGACUCGCCUGUAACGAGGACGAGUCGUUCCUGGCUAACGAGAGUUUUAAACAGCGCGAGAACAACGCGGUGAACGCGACGAGCACGAUCCUGGUCGACGACAGAGUCGAAAACGUUUGUCAGGAGGUGGGCAAGAUCGGUUUACCGAGCAUCGAGAUAAACGGCAAGACGAGUAUCGAGAACGUUUGCCAGGACGCGAGCUCGUUGACACGAGAGUCUCGCGCGGACGACGCCAAACCGUUUGUCUCGGAAGAUUUCGUAAAAAAGACCGCGUCCAUGACCAACUAUUCCAGCUACGGAAACCAAAGCAACGGUAACGUGAUCGUCUCGGAAAAGAAGAUAGAAAUCACUGGAUAUUAUCACAAAGACGUGCCAGUUAUCGAACAGUUUCGGGACGAGAAGGAUGCUUUGGAUACGCCUCCGCCGCUUCCGCUCACAGGUCCGCCUAAAUUGGAGCCCGUCAGUCCAUACGCGAGAAACGUCUCGGUUCUGGAAUCCUCGCCAAGGAAGUUCUCGUUGAACGGCGAGCUCUGGAGGAAGGACGACAAGUCCGAGAAAUCCGUCAGGGACAAGAUCGCGAUGUUCUCGUCCCAGAGCAGCCUGGAUGGACCUCUGUUUCCGAACACGAUAACCGUCGCUACCGCGACGAGUAACGCCAGGAAGCUGUCCAAGUACAAAUCCUCCGAGGACGUGUGCAACGACGAGAAGAGCUCUAGCCAGAAGGAGAGAGUCUCGUUUUUCGCGGAUCGGACGCAGAGCUCUUUCGAUUUGACGGACUCGGGCCGAAACGCGAAUCAGGAAUCGGUGAAAAAGUACAGACAAAGAUCGCCCAGUAUUUCUCAGAGUCCGUCGUUUGCUACGCCGACUAUUCACGCAUCGAAGACGUUUCCGAUCGUUGCUCAGAAGCCGACCGCGUCGACGCCAACGUUGAUAAGCUCCUUCGAAACGUCACCGACAUCCAAAUCGCCGGUGAAGAGCUACUGCUCUUCCGCCGGCAGUCAAAACUCUGCGAUAACCCCAUUGUCGAAGCCCGUUACGAGCACGGCGUUGUCUCGCGCUACCAGCUUCUCCGGAUCGAGCCCUUACGGUCAAGAUCGAACCUUGGCGACGAACGAAUUGUCGAGCAGCUCUCAGAUCACCAGAACGAAUUCUUUGGCGUCGACGUUUAAGAAACCCAACGAGGAUAUCAGGAGAAACAGCCUGAAUCAACUGAUAGAACAGAGAAGGCGAUCGAUAUCGAAAUUGAGGGGACUGGUUAUUCCGGAAAAAGAGAGCAUACCUAUCGAUACGCCUAUCGUCGAUUUGCCUGAAAUUAAAUCUCGAGACUCCAUACUACUGCAUCAGCUAUCGAAGGCCAAUAUCCAAGACAAGUGGGGCUCCCAAAGUUCGUUGGCAAGCAACGCGAGCACGGCCAGUAUGCCCGUGAAAACUACCUCCUUCAAGAUGCCGGCUCCUCAAAUACACUCGAAAUACUCUCCAGCUUUCAAAAGAAAGAGCUUGACAGUGUACGGUUCGUCCUCGACGAAUUGUUCGUUGUACGGUAUCGCCGCGGUGAAAAGUAGUCCGAUAGCGACGACUACCGCGACAUCCACGCCGACGCUCUCCGAACCCCCAAAGAGUCUGGAGAGCAUCUGCAGUCCGACGAGGAGCGAUUACAGUUUCGAGUUCGCGUCGACGGCCAGUUCGCCCGAAGGUUCGCGCAACAGACCGCUCAGAACCGUUCAGAGAAAGACGCGAAUGGAUUACGACGAUUCCGACAACGAUUCCGCCGUAAGCAGUUCGCAAAGCAGCAUUUCGCGUGGCUUUAGCCCGCCUAUGUCCCCGGUACCUUCGGAACGCUCCAUCGUUUCCUCCAAACGAUCCUACGUCUCCACGGAGAACAACUAUCCGCGACGAGCUCUGAUCGUCGACAGCCCAGCUAGAAGCUACGGCAGAGAAUCCAACGUUCUCGAGGAGAGAACGUUCGCGCCUGACCGAUCGUCGUCCAGUAGCAGCGGUUCCGAGCACAGAUCACCGUUGCCGAUCACCGAAUCGAACGCGAGAAACUCUCAAAUACCUCAGAGACAGUUAAAGCGAUCCAACAGUACCGAGACCAACUGCAGCACGUCGUCGACUCUCACUUCCGGUUCUCAAGCGAGCGCGGAGUCUCUGUCGAGAAGAGUACUGAAGCCUCAGAGCGUGGAAGCCAUCAAUCGGAAGAACAUUUUGGCGAGCGCCAGAUGCCGAAGCGGCAGGGACCUGAACGGAUCUCCGUUGAUUCAACGAAAGUUCCCGGAGGACGAGUGUCGAGCGACCAUCGUCGAAAACGGUGACGAUAACUACCAGAGGAAUCGUUCGAAGGACGCGACCGCGAAAGACGUAAAGAUCGCGUACAUCGAGGUAACGGACUCGUUCGGGGAAGCCGAGUCUUUCCAGAAGGAGGCGAACGAGUCGAAAUUGCCCUCGAAGAGAAGCGUCGUAUCGUCCACCGUGCGGUCGUCCAAAUUCGAGACGAUAGAACCGUCCAACGACUUAAAAAUGUGGGUUCGAACGGAAGCGAAAGCGUUGGCUAGAUCGGCUGAAGAGAGGAACAACAAGAUCGAGAAAAGAUCUCAAGAGGUCGAUAUCGUUCCUGCAAAUAACCCUUCGAAGAACAGCAGAUCGAGCAGCAUCGAGGAACAACGGCUUGAUUCAUCGUCGACGAACAGGAACGCGAGAAACGAAAACUCCGGAUCGCCGGAAGCUUCGAAACAACGAUGCGGUUCGAACGUAUUAACCUCGAAGAAUCUGUUGGACGAUCAGAACGAUCUUCUGACGAUUCUCACGACCAAAAGUAGAUCCAGAUCGGCGAUACACGUGGACGAGGGAAGUUUCGGACGAUCGAAGAGCCAAAUGAGUUUGGAGGAUAUUCUGAGCGCGAAAACGGAUCCAAAAUUACCGCGCACACCGACCAAUGAUUCCAAGAUCGAGAAGAACACCGUACUUCCGGCUGUUCAGACCAGAUCUCUGUGGGAGUCGAGGGACAAUCGACGCGUCAGGAGGAGCUCGUCGACCUCGAACGAACUAUGGAACGAGGAGAAGCCGCUUUCGAAGAUACCAACGUUGAACAGGUCGAGACUAAACGAUAGCAGCGGCGACGAAACGACGGAAAUCGAAAGAUCAAAGUCGUUGCUGUCGAAGAUCCCAACCGCGAGGAGCCUUGCUCGAAGAAGCGCCAGCGUCACGGACAUGAAGAAAGCCCUAGAGAAGACCGAGGUGAACUGUACGACUGGUACGCAGCAGACUGCUCAUAAUCGAUUUCCGAGUCUGGACAGCAGCGUAGACGAGAACGUGUCACCUGUUGGAACGGACGUAGACACGGAUAGGUGCUGCAGCGAACAAUUCGGUAGCAUCAGUUCUUUGGCCAGUAGUACCAGCCUUAUCUCGCAACAGGAACUAGCUCAGUUAGUAGAGGAAGCGAGUCUGGAAGAGGUUCGAGGUGCUCAUGACGUGAUCGUGGUAUUACUGCACAAAGAGAAUCAUGCCGGUAGCGUUGGAAUCACGUUGGCUGGCGGAAGCGAUUGCGAGAUCAAAGAAAUUACGGUUCAUCGAGUAUUGGCGCAUUCUAUAGCCGACAAGGACGGACGUGUGCAGAGGGGAGACAGAAUUUUAAGCAUAAACGGAAGAAGCACGCAAGGUCUCACGCACAGGGAGAGCAUUGCGGUGCUUAAACAACCUAGGUCGGAAGUCGUCUUGGUAGUUUCUCGAGCGAGAACCGAGGAAGGUUGUAAAUUGAGAUCAAGGGCAGCGAGCGUCGAAACUAUUAUCGAAGGAUUCGAGACGAACGAUGUCACGGAGGAUACUGCGUGGGGACCGCCUUCGGUUGUAGCCGUGUACAAAGAUGGAGCUGGUUUGGGAUUCAGUCUGGAGGGAGGCAGAGACAGCCCUCUUGGAAACAGACCGUUGUUGAUCAAGAAAAUAUUUACCGGAGGUGCUGCCGAAAAAACGGGUGCCUUAAAGGCAGGAGAUCAACUAUUGGAAGUGAACGGAUACGAUGUUACGCGUAUGUCGAGGAUCGAAGCGUGGUCCCUUAUGAAGAAACUACACGACGGCGAAGUGAACCUCCUAGUCAGACACCCUGCCACUAAAUCCUCGUGAAUGAUAGUCAAUUAACGUAAACGUAUGUCGCGUGGAAGUGGUAUAAGUACGAUGAAUAGCAACGCUUUGAGUAAACGACACUGAUCGCGAACGAGUGGAACGGAAAAACGAAAAUCGAAUACGACGAUUUAUAUUAUAAAUUAAUCGAACGAUACAUUGCGUGUACGUGGUCGAUGAUCUCUUAGGGAUUUUCGUAUAUGAGAACACGUUGUGUCGCGAGAAUUUACGUUUAAAUAGAAAAUAAACGUUUUGGGAACGCUUUCCGUUAAACUAUUUCGAUAUUUUUAUGUCGACUAAUAGCGCGUAACAUUUUGCAACCUGUUCCAAUGUAUCUAAUUGCUGAUAAUGAAAAGAAUGCUUUUCCUAAUCAUUCACUAUUAGCCUUUAUUGCAGACAUGCUUGUCUUAUGAUUUUGUUAAAUACAAUUUUACGAAAUAAAUGAAAUAAUUUGUAAAUAAAGAUAUUGGGAGAACGUUCGAAAUGCAAUUGAUAUAGAAAAAUCGUAUAUAUAAUAUAAAAAAAGAAUUUGUUAAUAUAACGCGUUAGUGUUGAAGUAUUUAAACGUAGACUGACAUUCGUUUCUAGAUUCGCGUUCGUUAAAAAUCAUGCUGUGAUAUGUAUGUGUGUUAGUGUAAAAGUAAUAAGCAUUAAUAGAGACGGCGAAUUUUCAUCGAAUUUCUCGAUAAGUAGUACCCGAAGAAAAAGAAGCACGAUAACAGGACUCCAUUUUGACAAGUAUCUGUGAGAUAUUCGAUCGAUCGCUUAACGUUACGUAUAUCCUUCUUCCGAUAAAUAUUUUCUAUACAUUUCAUGAACAGAAAAUAUCUAACUUUUAUUAAUAAUAAAUCAUGCAAUUAAACUGCAAAAGCGUUGGUGUGUCAUUUCCUUUUGUCGAUAUUUUCGAACAAAUCUCAAAGUAAUUUAGGAAAAAGGAAAAUAACGUAAAAUAUAUUUAUUUAAAAACA